AUGACCGAGCAGCCGCCGAACGAGGCGGCACGCAGUGACCCCCCGCUAGAGGGACGGGACGCGGCCGAGGCCCGCAUGGCCCCCCCGCACCUGGUCCUGCUGAACGGCGUCGCCAAGGAGACGAGCCGCGCGCCGCCGGCGGAGCCCCGGGUCAUCGAGCUGGGCGCGCGCCCCGGCCCUGGGGGCGGCCCCGCCGGUGGGGGCGGCGCCGCGCGGGACUUAAAGGGCCGCGACGCAGCGGCGGCCGAAGCGCGCCAUCGGGUGCCCACCACCGAGCUGUGCAGACCUCCGGGGCCCCCGCCGGCCCCCGCGCCCGCCCCGGCUGCCGCGGAGCUGCCCGGCGACGGCCGCAUGGUGCAGCUGAGCCCGUCCGCGCCGGCGGCCCCCGCCGCCCCGGGCCGCGCGCUGCUCUACAGCCUCAGCCAACCGCUGGCCUCGCUCGGCAGCGGGUUCUUUGGGGAGCCUGAUGCCUUCCCCAUGUUCACCACCAACAGCCGGGUGAAGAGGAGACCCUCCCCCUAUGAGAUGGAGAUCACCGAUGGCCCCCACACCAAAGUCGUGCGGCGCAUCUUCACCAACAGCCGGGAGCGCUGGCGGCAGCAGAACGUGAAUGGGGCCUUCGCUGAGCUCCGCAAGCUGAUCCCCACGCACCCCCCGGACAAGAAGCUCAGCAAGAAUGAGAUCCUGCGCCUGGCCAUGAAGUACAUCAACUUCCUGGCCAAGCUGCUCAACGACCAAGAGGAGGAGGGCUCCCAGAGGGCCAAGCCUGGCAAGGACGCUGUCGGGGGGGCGGCGGGCGGGGGUGGCGGGGCAGGGGCUGGUGCGCCCCCCGAUGACCUGCUGCAGGAUGUGCUCUCCCCCAACUCCAGCUGUGGCAGCUCCCUGGACGGGGCAGCCAGCCCGGACAGCUAUACAGAGGAGCCGGCCCCCAAGCACACGGGCCGCAGCCUCCAUCCCGCCCUGCUGCCUGCUGCCGAUGGGGCUGGCCCCCGGUGAUAGACUAUGGCCACCUGGGACCAGCCAAGAGGUGCCCUUGGGCCACUGGGACUGCAGCCUUGGGGGCAGGUGUGAUGAGAACUGGGAUGGACCUGGGGGCGUCCCUUGC